AUGACUCGUAAACGGAAGAAUGUGGAAUCUGAUGAGAAUCCGCCUGCCAAGAACGGAUUCGAAGGCUAUGGAUACUCGGAAAGCAAAACACAAAAAACCGAAGAAGUCGGAACUUUUCCAAACAAGAAUCAUUUCGACAGAUCCGAAGAGAGGAGCUCUGAUGGAUGGAGAAAAGAUUAUAAUGGUUUCAGUGGUGGACGUGGUAGAAGAGAUGGAGGAUUCAGAAGAAACGACAGAGGUGGUGGUAGCAGAGGAAGAGGAGGGAAGAGAGGAUUUGAUGCGAGAGAUUUUGAAAAGCAAUACGGUCGAGUUGGUGGGAACGACGAUUUCAAUGGGGAGCAGGAUGGUUCCGAAGCGAAGCAGGGAGCUUCUUCGAAUGAUCGUCAGCGUCCAGAUGGGGAUGGACGAGAGUUUCCGAAAGAAAUCGUGGGAUAUUUGAGAAGCAUCGAACAAAUUAAAAAGAAGGAAGGAAAAAUUGAAGACUUCAUCUUGGAGAAGUGCGCAGAAGAAGUGGCCGGACAGGAAACUGUUCUUCUCGCUUGGACCGAAGCCGCUGUGGUCGUUGAGGCUGUUUUCGGAAGUUGUCCGCAAGGAGCAGCUCUUUUCCUCUCAUCAGUGUCCCGUCUCAAACACAAAACACUCGCUGAUUUGAUGUUUGGAGGAGCCAGCGCUAGAACCAUUGAAAAUCUCAUUUAUGCAAUGUGUCCAAUCGCCGAUUCAGAACACGUCGAGCUGCUUCAGAAACUAUCUGAAAUUCUCAUUGACAACUGGGCAGAUGCUGUAAUUGCUCAGCCGUCGAGUUUCUUGAUCAGAGCGAUUGUUUGGGUAUGCUGUGGACUGUCAGCCAAACCGAAAACCGGAGAAGAGAAAAAGAGGAUUUACAAAGGAAACGAGAUGAAGACACGUUUAAAGAAAGUAUACGACAAUUUUGCACUUCUGGCAUUUGACGAAAAUCUAAAUCAAAGUGCAUUGAAUUCGCCAAACUUUAUAACAUUGUUCCAAGAUUUCAUCGAAGCUGAUGGUAUGUGGAAUGACAAACGAGGAGAUGAAUACGUGAAGAAGAAGCUUGAAAAGGACGACAUCGAGGGAAUUUCAAAUGCUUGGUAUUCUCCGAAUGGUUCCCGAAUUUGGGAGAAACUGAUGGAAACGUGCUCGGAAGAUUCUCGCAGUUUGUUGUGGCUCGAGUUUUGCAGUAAAAAUGUUUCUGAAUUGACGGAUAACAAGUUUUCCAACUUUCCACUUCAAAAAAUCAUCAACAGCUCAACUUCUUUGGAAAUGGUCACUGAAAUUGUUGAAUCAAUGUCCACAAAGUUGUCAUAUUUGAUCGAUCAUCAACAUUCUGGUGUUUUUCUCGCAUUCAUUCGAUGCGCUGGUAGACAUCCAUCUUCUGAAAAGUCAAUUCUUCAGCAGUUGCGAAAGCACUUCCGGUCUGCUUCCGAAGCAAAGAAAGGACAAUUCCUAUUGAAUGUUCUAACGCUCAAUAAGUACGAUGGAUCGCACUUCGAUGCUCAAAUGUUCACACCGAAGGGUACUAUGCUUGUUUCCGAACUCGUCAACUACUCGAAAACUAAAACAUUGUGUGCUGGCUUCGAGCAACUCACUGAGCGACAGAUACAAGAAAUGUGCUGUAACAAGAAUACGUCACGUUUGAUCCAAGCCGUUCUGAACAGCAAAACUAUGUCAGAAGAAGUGAAGGAAAAGAUUAUCGGUGCAUUUGAUCAAAACUCUUGGGAAACACUCAUCACUGACACGUAUGGAAGUCGAGUUUUCGAGAAAAUUUGGAGUUUCGUAGAUGUAAAACGAAAACAAGAAAUUAUGAAAGUUCUUGUUGAAAUUCAUAAUACCUCGAAAUUCUGGAAGUUCGCAAUGCUACGCUGUGAUCUGUAUUUGUUCCGCAAGAGCCGAAAAGAAUGGGUCGAGAAAAUGAAGAAGGCCAACUCCUGA